UAGUUAUCAAUAUUAUCUGAUCGAUUAUUUACACUAUCAAAGUGCAUGCUACAAAUAGGCCACUGACGCAUUGCAUAAACACCUGCCUUUGAUGUGGUUAAGGAUGAUGUUUCAGUGGGGUGAUGUUUGGGGCGAUGCUUUUUUUAGCUUGACAGUUAUCAUUUACUAGCUCUACUCGAAACCGAGAUGACGUGGGCGUUUCGUUUCUUGCUCCUGGGGCUCGGCUCCGCAGGGUUCACUCUUCAAAUCUACAAAUACUGCCUAACCACUGACACUAAUGGUAUUUGGAAAGUAGCAGCAGUUUUCUUGACGUUCCUGGGCGCUGUCUUUUCACUCGUGAACUUCCACAUUUCCAGCCUGAGAUGUUCUGAGAGUCAUACUUUACGCAGCCUUCUGGUAAGCUACGUUUGUCAAAACCUGACACGCCUGGCUUAUCCAUUCGUCCUGUAUAAAGUAUCCAAGCAAUGGAAGAAACCGAGGGAAGCACAGAAACAUCGACUGCGUCUACUUACCACCAGAGAUGCAGAAACAGAGUAUGGAAGGAGAUACCAACUUGGACAGAUCAAGACACUUAAAGACCUACAGAGCAAGCAUCCUAUCACGACAUACGACCACUACAGACCGUACGUCCAGAGACUGGCAGACGGGGAGGAAGGCGUUUUCAUCGGGGAGAAGAUCCACAGGUUUGGUAUCACAUCAGGGACUACAGGCGCAGGUAAGCUCAUCCCCUUGACCAAUGAAAUAUACGACGACAAUGAUGUGACUGUACUGAACACAAAAGCCACUGACAGCGCCUUCGGACGACCGAGUCCUCUGCAGCGAGGAUGCAUUCUUUACUGCAAGCCAGCAUCAUUUGUGGCAAAGUCAGGCCUGGAUGUGGCACCUCUAAUAUACUUCAUGGAGAAGGACAAAGAUAUCCUGACUAUCUUGCAGAACGCGCCGUUUGCAGCCUUCCAAAUUACGACCGAUUUCGAAGCCAACUACGUCCAUCUCCUCUUUGGCAUUGCGGACAGAUACCUUCAUUUUGUGUACGGCGGGUUCACGUCAAUUACUUACCGGGCAUUUCGGCUUCUAGAGGACAACUGGGAGCAGAUGCUUCAGGACUUGGCAACAGGAACACUGAAUCCGAAGCUCAACAUCGAGGACGAAAUCAGGCAUCAACUAGAAGAGGCGCUUGUACCAGCUCCAGCCCGUGCUGAUCAGCUAAGGGUCGAGUUCUCCAGGGGUUUCCAUGGUAUUGUGUCGAGGAUCUGGCCUUUUCUGCACUACAUCUUUUGCGUUGACGUAGCUGGCUACGGCAACAAACUUCGAGAAGGUUACGCCAAAGGAACACCAAUCUUUACUGGAGCUUAUGGUUGUACAGAAGCUCUGCUUGGCAUCAAUCUCUGGGCUGACGAAGACCCCAAGUAUGUGCUGGUACCAGCUAAAGUCGUGUACGAGUUCAUCCCUGAAGAAAUAUGCCAGGAAAAGCACCCUUCGCAAAUCUACCUCAUCGACGAAGUUGAGGUUGGUAAGAGAUAUGAACUCAUGGUGACGGUUCCGUGUGGUUUCUUCCGCUAUCGCUUUGGUGAUGUGGUGGAAGUGGUGGACCUAUAUUACAACUGUCCUGUCAUUCAAAUGAGAUAUCGAACAGGAGAACUGCUGAAUCUUCGCGGCGAGAAAAUUGAUAUCAGCUUGCUUUCCACUGUCAUAUGGCAAACCGUGGCUAGUUGGCAACAAUGUACACUCGUGGAUUGGACAUGCGCAGAGAGUCCACUGAUACACGCGGACAAGGUUCCGUAUGAUAUGCACUACCUGAUCUUCGUGGAGGUUGAGGCAAAGAAAGGACAGUGUCUUACCGAAGAAGAGAAGUCACAGUUUGACCAGCUACUUCGAAAGUGCCAUGGGUUGUACGAUCAUUACAGAACAGCGGGCAACAUUGCUGCACCGCGCGUAUUCAAUGUGUGCCCAGGCUCGUUCAAGAAGUUUCAAGACUAUGUAAUUGCCAAAACGACAGCCUCAUACAACCAGUUUAAGAUGCCUCGGAAACUCCACAGAAAGGAGCUCCUGGACUACAUGAUGAGUAUGACGACUGAAUACAGAGAACCUUUCUAGAACUGCUGAUGUGGAGAGAUAAGAUUGAUCGAUUUUGAAAUCUAUACACGUACAUGUAAAAUCGCGUCAACACUUGCGCCAAGCAUUGCGUAUCCCUCAAAAUCACUUCCGGGGAGACCAAAAACGCUUCCGGCGCGAUUUUGACAGCCAAACGCAAUGCACACGUUUGUUAUGUUAAUGAGUCGAUUUGUGUGUCUGUGAAGUGCAUGAACACAUCGCGUCGAAAGGCGUCCAAUAGCAGAUUGGAUAGUUAUCUCCGGAUCCCAGCAAUAGCUGGGAUCCGGAGAUAACUAUCGCGAAUUAUAACUUCAUGUACACCUGUACAUCACUAUUAUUAUUAUUAUAUAACAGGACAUGUGGCAGUCAAUUAAAGGUUGAAAUUUUGAAACGAAAAAACUGUCAACAAAAUAGAAUCGCGAAAGUAUAAUAUGUAAAUUUAUGUAAAUGUCUUAAUUUGCUUUGAAAAUGGAUGUACACGUACAGCUGAAAUAGAUUCUCAACGGCUAUUUGUGGUGGUUGAAGUGUGCCGUGUUCAAAGUUUAUAUACACGUCAAGUAUAUAUAUGAAAGUUCACGCGGUAAUAAAUAUUGACUGUAAAUUGUUUAGUGACAAGCUCAGCGUUAAUAGAUUUGAUGACGUACCCAUCUCAAGCAAGGCAUACCGAUCAAGCAGGUUUUCCAGUGGAGUAUGGUUUACAAGUUUGGACAAGGGCAAGCCUCUUUACAAUGCAGUAUCUGCUGAACGGAAUUUGAUUGCAAGAAAUUGCUUGCCUCGAAUUGAUUUAAUAUGUCCUUUUUUCGAAAUAAAAGCUAUAAAACACUUUUAUCGAUGUUUAUAUAUUAAGAAUCCUAAAUAAAACUGUUACAAUUAUUUAAUGGCUCUGUCCAAGAGGACUC